AUGGGGGGGGAAAGUAUUUCCAGGAGAAGAUCCCGACCGCAAACAUAAACAUAAACAUGGGCUCUGAAAUUGACAAUAAAAGCGCUACAGACGCAAGUUACAUAGAUGAAAGUGUCAGUUUUUCCCACGUUACCGCUGUCGCUACUGGGUGGACGUUGGACUUCAUGUUUGUGAGCCUGUGUCGGCAUUUCAAGGAAGGAAAACAUGAUAAGUUCAAUGAAACGCUUUCCACUUUCGAGGCCAUUUAUCAGUGUUCAUCUCUGAAAGGAAGACUUCAUAAUGAGAAAGCCAUGAUCUGUGCCUUCCUCUCGAGAGUCGUGCACGGAAAGCAAUUGGAUGUCCUGUUUGAAGAGGAUUCCUGUGUGAUGCCUCUGAUGUCCGCAGCCAAAAUAUGGUCAAAGCUAGAGGACACCGUGGCAGACGAAAGCUUGUUCAAAAACAUUACCAUCCUUUUGAUUGUCCAGUCUGUGGCUGUGUGCAUGGAGAAAGGCCAGAGAUCCUCUGCCUCUUCUGCCCUCAAGUGGUUUGAGAAUAACCAUGGAUUCCCACAGAACUUGGGAGUUAAGCUGUCGACAAUAGUGACAAAGAAGGAAACAUACCACCCAUUCCUUAUGAGCUUCACCUUCAGCCGCCUGCUGGAGACAGUACGGUCUUACUUGGAUGCCUACUUGGAGAAGAACCCCUCUGACUACCUUCUCAAGGCAGCUACAAAGACGGUCCAGUCAUCACAGAACAGGGAGGGUUUGGAGGACACGGUGACACGGGACAACGCUCUGUCAGAAACAGCCAACGAAUUAACACUGCAUAGAAAGAAAAAGAAGAAGGCUGCAGGUUUGAGAACAAAACGAAAACUACUGUCAACCAAAAUAACUGAUGUAUGGAAACCUGAUUCAUGCAAGAAGCCUUUAGUCUCUCUCAGGAGAAUGUCCAAGAGCGAGUUGUCUCAGAUGAUAUCUGAGAAGUCAAUGGUCUCCUUCGAGAAGUCAGUGGUCUGCUUUGAGAAGUCAAUGGACUCAGAAAACAAGGACAAAACAAAAAAAAGAAAACCACCUCAGAAAUGGACACCCCAGCUGGACAAAUACCUCAUGGAUGGUGUUAAAUGUCACGGCCAGGGGAAGUGGUCUCGCAUAUUAUUGGAUUAUGACUUUGAAGGACGCAGUGGCACCAUGCUCAAAGACCGCUGGAGAGUUCUACUGAGGGCACAUAAAGUCUGCUGAAAACAUGCAGUGCCUCUCUAACUUGUAUAAUGUAGCAAUUUGGUUGUAAAUAAAAUACUGAUUUAGCUGGUCCACUAAUUUAA